AUGUCGAAAUUACAACAAUUUCCUUUAUCUAAGGGAUGGAGCUUCAGAGAUAGUGAAGACACAUCGGAGGAUGCGUGGAUGCCGGUCCCUGUUGUCCCUUCCGUCGUCCAUCAGGAUCUUCAAGCAAAUAACAAGCUGAAGGAUCCCUAUAUUGGAUUCAACGAGCUCGAGGCGAGAUGGGUCAAUGAGAAAUCAUGGACCUACAAAACCGUUUUUCAGAAACCAGCUGCUCCUGCUGGGUCUUGCGUCGUUCUAGCAUUCGACGGCCUGGACACAUUCGCCAAGGUCAAACUUGACGGCAACGUCAUUCUCGAGAGCGACAACAUGUUCCUUGCUCAUCGCGUCGAUGUCACCAAGGCUCUGGAAGCCGAGGGUGACCACGUUCUAGAAAUCGACUUUGACUGUGCCUUUCUGCGUGCAAAAGAGCUUCGCAAGCAGGAUCCCGAGCACAACUGGGCAUCCUUCAAUGGUGACCCUUCCAGACUAAGCGUAAGGAAAGCUCAGUACCAUUGGGGCUGGGACUGGGGCCCGGUUCUCAUGACCGCUGGUAUCUGGAGAGAAGUGCGACUUGAGGUUUACUCCGCAAGAGUCGCAGAUCUUUGGACCGAAGUGGAACUGGCUUCGGACCAUCAGAGUGCUCGGGUUACUGCUUUGGCUGAAGUAGAGUCUGUGGACUCUGGUUCACAUAAUGCUUGUUUCACUCUCAGCUUGCAUGGCCAAGAAAUCGCCAGGGAGGAAAUUGGUGUGACUGAGAAUGGCACCGCCAAGGUCACCUUCGAUGUCAAGGAGCCCUCACUCUGGUGGCCCCAUGGCUACGGUGAGGCCACCCUGUACGAAGUAUCCGUGUCCCUGCGCAGGGAACAGGAGGAACUUCACCAAGUUUCCAAGAAGUUCGGGAUCAGAACCGCGGAGGUUAUUCAGCAGCCUGACAAGCACGGAAAGUCCUUCUUCUUCCGUAUCAAUGGCGUCGAUAUCUUCUGCGGCGGUUCUUGUUGGAUCCCAGCCGAUAAUCUCCUUCCCAGCAUUACUGCUGAGCGAUACCGCAAAUGGAUUGAGCUCAUGGUUCAUGGCCGUCAAGUGAUGAUCAGAGUAUGGGGUGGCGGUAACUAUGAGGACAACAGCUUCUACGACGCGUGCGACGAACUCGGCGUCAUGGUUUGGCAAGACUUUAUGUUUGGCUGCGGAAACUACCCUACCUGGCCCAACCUGCUUGAGUCCAUCCGAAAGGAAUCUGUCUACAACGUGCGUAGGCUGCGUCACCACCCAUCUAUCGUCAUUUGGGUUGGCAACAAUGAAGAUUACCAGGUCCAGGAGCAGGCAGGUCUCACUUACAACUAUGAGGAUAAGGACCCCGAAAGCUGGCUCAAGACAGAUUUCCCUGCCCGUUACAUCUAUGAGAAACUCCUUCCAGACGUGGUUCAAGAAUUCUGUCCCAGUACUUUCUAUCACCCUGGUAGUCCUUGGGGCGAUGGGAAGACCACGUCCGACCCCACCGUUGGUGACAUGCAUCAAUGGAACGUAUGGCACGGCACACAGGAGAAAUACCAGAUCUUCGAUACCCUCGGCGGGCGGUUCAACAGCGAGUUCGGAAUGGAAGCAUUCCCACACAUGUCAACUAUCAACUACUUUGUUGAGAACGAGGCGGACAAGUAUCCCCAAUCGCAUGUCCUUGAUUUCCAUAACAAAGCCGACGGCCAUGAGCGCAGAAUAGCUACAUACCUUGUUGAAAAUCUGAGGACGGCGACAGACCUGGAGACACACAUUUACCUUACACAAGUCGUACAAGCAGAGACAAUGAUGUUCGGAUACCGGGGAUGGCGUCGCCAAUGGGGUGACGAGAGACACUGUGGUGGUGCUCUCCUCUGGCAGUUGAACGACUGUUGGCCUACAAUCUCCUGGGCUAUCGUUGACUACUUCUUGCGGCCCAAGCCUGCAUUCUACGCUGUGGCACGAGUGCUGAAUCCUAUCGCGGUUGGUGUCCGUAGAGAACAUCAUGACUGGAGUGUGACCCACGCACAGCCUCCCAAGACGAGCAAGUUCGAACUCUGGGUUGCCAGCAGCCGACAACAAGAGGUUCAAGGCACAGUGGAACUUCGGUUCCUUUCCGUCAACACCGGGCUUGAAGUUCGGGAGCGCAUCGUGCACGAGAACGUCAGCAUAGUCCCCAAUGGCACAACCAACCUCAUUGUGGACGGUCUCAUUGACCACAAAGUCCACUCCGAACCUCAUGUCCUUGCUGCUCGGAUCUGGGUCGACGGCCAGCUCGUGGCAAGGGACGUGGACUGGCCCCAACCAUUCAAGUACCUUGAUCUGUCGGAUCGGGGCCUUGAGGUCAAGAAGGUCUCUGAAUCGGAGGAUGAGCAGACACUGCUCAUCAGCACGCAAAAGCCAGUUAAGUGCCUGGUCUUCGAGGAGCGUGAGGGUGUUAGAAUCAGUGACAGUGCGAUGGACAUUGUGCCUGGUGACGACCAGAGAGUGACCAUCAAGGGCCUGAAGGCGGGUGACGCUCCUCUAAAGUACAAGUUCCUUGGACAGUAG